AUGGCUUUACCGCGACAACAUCAGUCUUCGUUCACUCCUCGUGAAAUUGAAUUCCUUGCCGGCAAUGAGACGAUAACAAUCAUUCCCACAGUCAAACUACCAAAACUCGACUUCAUUCAGGGCACCAUUGGACCUUUUCAACCACCACUCAAAAGUACAGUUCCAGUAUGGCUUGCUCUGCUCAUGAAGAGGAACAAUUUAUGCACAGUGGUGCCACCAGAGUGGUUAACAGUUGAAAACUUGACGAGCAAAUUGGAAGAUGAGCAAACAGAACCCGAAUUCAGUCAGCUACCGUUUCGAUACAUGGAACUCUCACAUAUGUUAUUAGAAGUGGCAUCCACUGAUAUCCCUAAUGCGGAACAAGUACGGCGGCUAUUGAAGGAUUUAAGAGAAACACGACAAGCAAAGACACGUCUUGGUAUCCAAUCCCUGGAUGAUGAAUCCUUGAUGAUGAACAACAUGUCACUUAUGGAGAUCAACGAGAUUCGACCGCUCUUUAUACGUGCAUUCAACGAGAUGAGAAAGCUUAGACAAGCAGAAGACGCAUAG